AUGGAGCAGCGGCGGCUCGAGGAGGAGGAAGAGCUCAUGCAGGAGGCGUUGGCCUUAUUGGCCGACCUUCAGGACGACGACUACAACGACACGAUUUCGCGGCUACUGGUGCCGUCUGGAGACCAGCAGCUGCACCAAUAUCCCCCUGACUGCAGAGACUCGCUUUUGUCCAGUACUGAAGAAGAGGCUUUGGCGUUCAGUAUACAAGAGCCGCAGGUGGGUAGCAACACGUCUCUCGAUGAGUGUCAUCCAGUCGCACCCUCAGUGCCCUCGACCGAUGAGACGUCCAACAACAAGGCGAUGCUCUCGCCCGCUUCAAAGCAGCAGUCACGCAAGAAAAGGGCAGCGGUUGGUGCUGCAGGCACUGGAAAGAAGCGCAAAGCGGCGCCUUAUAACUCGAAUCGGGCACGGGAUGAACGCAAGGAAGAGCUCAUUUACCUACGCAAGACGGUGCAGACAAUGGAGGCGAGAUUACGCACGCUGCAGCUCUCGCAGCGUCGAGCGCUGGCUACGUAUGUACCUGCAAAAGAGGCAUCACAAGACACAGCUCGUCCAUUGAUAAAAGGUGUUUUUCAGUCUGGAGGAAGGGUAAUGAGUGGGCCGCUGCUGGCUGAAGAUACAAGUGAUGAUGCUGCGAUGGGACCAGUUUGGACUGAGAUUGCAGCGCACCAGUACCAAGAACGACGUCGUGUAGAGUUGGAGAAUAUCCGACUGAGACUGAUCUUAGAGGGUCAGAUCAAGAUGGCAAAAAGUCUUGAGAAAAUGUUGACGAAACGCACUAGCUUACGAGUGAUGGAAUCCAUUCAAGGAAAGUACCUGACCAGUUUGCAGCACCGCAAGCCAACGUCGACGGAGGAAGAAGACGAGGUGGCGAUUUUUGCUCGUUUGGAAAAGGAGUUGGAAUCUGCUCUAGACGAAGUAGAUGUUGUCUUUGAAGCCAAUGGACUUGCUCACAUGGAAAGCACGUUUGCGGACGCAAAAGUUCGGAUCGAAAAUGGGUCCACAAUCAUGGAAAUUUUCGCGAACAAAGUUGUUCCGUUUGGCGUCGAAGUGACGGGCCACGCAGUUUGGGAGCAUUUCGUUCACUCUAUGGACCAUAUUCCGUCGCGGUUUGUGUACCACAAGCAGCUAAAGAAGACACAAACAACGGACGACACGCUGAUGGAGAGUUUCGGGUUGGAGCUUGUUGGUAGCCGCAACGCCACUGCCGCAUUCCGAGUGCGCCAGAUCCGCCGAAAGUUUGUCCAGCCAGACCGCGUCGUCAUCGCGUGGCCCAUGUACUCCGAGGCCCUUGAGCUUUCUGCUGAGCCGACGAAGGGUGUCCGACUUCACGAAAAAUGCUUCACUGUGGUGAAGGCACUCCGGCAUGCUGACGGCCGUCGAGGUGCCCUUAUACAAACGUGCUACGUCCUCCGUCCGGAGAUUUACGGUCAUAUUCCUGACUCUGCCCGCAUUCUCACCACCUUGACGGAUUUUCUGCUGGAUUCAGUCUCGCAUACGAUUAGCUCGAGCCAUCAAAUGAUUGAAAACUCCCUGUUAGAUAGGGCGCUUCGAUCUAAGUCCGACCCAGGCACAUUAGCACCGGUUGCUAACGAGGAGGGUAGUAGUACUGAAGAAAAAUUUCCAGGAGAAGGUAUCACUUAA